ACUCAUAACAUACAUUAGGAAAUAAAUCUGCAAUAACUAAGUCUUAUCCAAUAAAAUCAAUUUUUUUUUCAAUCAUUCAAAUUUUUUUCUUUUUUUUACUAAAUUAAAUUACAGUCAAAUCCAAUAAUUUACUAACCCUAAUUAAUCCUCCCAUAAACAACCAACUAAUAAACUUUUUUCACAAACAAUACCACCACCGUCACCAAAACCCCAAAGUACCCCCUCACACCAAAACAAACAAUCAAAACUCUCACCAAAUUACAAGGGCAUUUUAGUCAUUUCACUUAAAAAAUCCCAACAACUAGAUCACGUGUCACCUUUCCAUUUCAUACAAUUAAAUUUAUUUUCCACUGUAUAAAAAUGUAGUGGACUGUAAUCUUCUUUCUUUCUUUCAUUUUCUCUCUCUUUUAUCAAUUUCUCUCUCCUCCCAAAAAAAAAAAAAACAAAUGUCAGAAUCCAAAACCAAAACCCCAAAAAACCCCUUCACUUCAUCAUCAUCUUCUUCUUCUUCAUCUCUUCUCAUUACCAAAGAGAAAAUGGCAAAUGAACUUCCAGAAUAUUUCAAAUGCCCCAUUUCUCUUGAUAUAAUGUCCGACCCGGUUAUCCUCUCUUCGGGUCAUACCUUUGAUCGGAGCUCCAUUCAAAGAUGGAUUGACUCAGGCCACCGUACUUGUCCAAUUACCAAACUACCCCUCCCUGACCCACCUUCCCUCAUCCCUAACCACGCCCUUCGCAGCCUCAUUUCCAACUACACGCCCACCCAACUCAUCCCAACUCGGUCUGACUCGGAUGGGUCUGGGUCUGACUCACCGAGUCAACUCGGGUGUCUAAUCUCGAAGCUUAACUCGAGGGGUUCGAUGGUUGAGGAGAAGGUUGAGUCGUUGGUGAGGUUGACGGGGUUGUCGAAGGCUAACCCGGGGUUCCGAGCGCGGCUCACUGAGUCGGGCGCAGUGUCUGCUGUGUUGCGGUGUGUUGACUCGGAUAAUGACCCGGGUUUGCAGGAGAAGGCGUUGUUGCUGUUGUUGAAUUUGAGUUUGGAGUCGGAUGAUAAUAAGGUGGGGUUGGUGGCGGAGGGGGCGGUGGCGAGGGUGGUUAGUGCUUUGGGGAGCACCGCUGCUGCGGUGGCAGCAACGGUGCUCACCAGCCUCGCUGUGGUGGAGGUGAACAAGGCGACCAUCGGGGCUCACCCCGGUGCGGUAAGGUGCCUUGUUCACCUCCUCCACACGGGGAGAGGAAGAGAGAGGAAAGAAGCUGCGACCGCUCUCUUUACUCUCUCUUCCUUCCCCGAGAACCGUCGUAGGACGGUUGACUGCGGGGCAGUCCCGAUUUUGAUCAGAAUGGCAAAAUCGGGACUCGAGCGAGCAAUCGAAGUGCUGGGAUUGCUCGCUAAGUGUAAAGAAGGGAGGGAGGAGAUAGUGAAAUGUGAUGGGGUUGUAGAGAUUUUGGUACAUUAUGUGAAAAAUGGGAGUUUAAGGGGAAUUCAAUAUGGAUUGAUGACAUUGAAUUUGAUUUGUUGUAGUAGUGAUAGAGUGAAGAGACAAGUAAAAAAUCAAGGAGUUUUGGAGAUUUGUUUUGGGUUAAUUCAAGAUGAUAAUGAGAAGAUUCAUAGGGUUGCAUCCAAUUUGGCUAAAGUUUUGCAAGAGAAUUAACAAGAACAAAGAUAAUUUGAGGUGAGAUGAUUUGGGAUUUAUUAUUGGGUCAACAAGUUUUACCCUUUUGAGAAUUGAGAUACUUCAAAUGUUAGUUUAAUUUUUAUACUAGUUCUUUUUGUUGUACAAAAGAGAAAAAGGAAUAGAAGUUUUUUUUUUUUUUUUUUAAUUUUGUUGCUGUAUCAAUUCUCAAUGUACAUUAUUUUAAUAAACAAAAUAUGGAUAAAGAACUCUUCUUUGAA